ACUGGAUUCGUUAUCACGGUGACAGUAACCGACUUCGAUGCAGUCGGAACAUCUAACACCAUGGACAUUAUGGUACAAUCUGAGAAUGUUAACUUGGCGGCAGGGCCUGUCCACAACGGUCUCAGCCUCAGGGGGUCUAGGGGCAGCUUUGACAGAAAAGACGUUAAUGUGAUUCCGAGUAAAAUCCUUAGAUUGCAGCUGGAGUACAGCCUUCAGUGUGACCCGGGAUAUUACGGUAACUGCGCAUUAAGUUGUUCACCGAAAAACAACUCCUACUGCAGUCCGUCUGGCACACUGGUGUGUCUACCAGGUUUUACUGGCAGUGACUGUAAUACGGAUAUUGACGAGUGCCUGAGCAGCCCGUGUCUCCAUGGAGGUACAUGUGUGGAUGGGAACAACAGCUUUUCCUGCCUGUGUCCGCACGGCCGAGCCGGACAAGUCUGCAAUGUUGCUGUGUCUAUUCCUCCUUCUUCAAAACCGACAACACGACUUUUCACACGCCCCGUACCAGUCAGCACAGGAGGAUCACUGACCGCCAACACAUCUGUAACUUCUGUAACAGACAGCACAAGUGUUCUGACAGCCCUAAGUAUAUUAACUACUUCAACGUCAGUGACCGCCUCCACCUCACAAGGCUCUAAGCCUACUUCACCCUCACUGACGUCAUCACCGACGCCAUCAGUGCCAACGUCACCUUACCAAAAUACUCCAGCCGCUAAGACGCUAUCUCCCACCAAGUCGACAAAUGAGUCGUCCACUCUCCCACUGCGUGCUAAAGCGCAGGUACGAUCGAAUGAGGAAAAUACCGGCGCCGUGGUCGGGGGAGUAGUUGGGGGACUCGUGGUCCUCUUACUGAUGUUAGUGCUGGCUGGGUACUUCGUUAGGAAAUACGUCAUCAAAAAGAAAAUGACCAUCAAUACCGACCGAAUACGAUCUACUGACAAACUGGCGAGAGAAGGGGAGACCACUACAGCGACUUCACAAUCAACACCCUCGAAUGACACUGCUGUGAUCCAAGUGUCCAACAGCGGGCCUGUGUAGAUGGACUCAAUAUCAAUAUAGACAACUUGUUUUGUACGCAAUGCAAAGGAAUAUGAAUGUUCGUAGUUAACGUAAAAAGAAUGAAGAUACUUUUGAUAAAUGGUCAAAUCAAAAUUUGUUAUAAUAAAACAAUAA